AGAAAAUUGUGGUUUGCGAUUGAUUGAAAAAUUGGGCACUAUCUCGGUUGUUUCCUCUGGAAAACCGUUUAUUGGUGAAUGCGCAACCACGGCGAUUCGAUACAGUGAGUGGAAAUAAGCCAAACACCAGUGCAGGGAAACGCUUUUGAGGAAAAGUGAUGCGUCGAAAGGCGAGUGCCAGUGUGAGCACACCGGAAAAGGCUACUCCGCGCCGGUCAACCAGGGGUCGGGGUCGCCGUUCCCCAUCGAAAAGCCCUGAACCGGAACCGGAGCCGGAUGUUCGGGAGUACGCGGCUGCACAGGAUGAUAAAAAUAAUAGCAGCUCCGACGAUGAAGGCACCUCCCGGAAAGGUACUACCGGAAAGGGUCGUGGGCGCAGCAGUGGCACCCCACGGCGCAAAGUGGAAGACCGUCCACCGUCUCGAGGACGCCGCACCAGCCGUCGCGAAAAGGAGACACACGAACCGGUAGGCGAGGAGCAAACCGAUGAAAAUGGUGGCGACAAUCCGGAUCAAGAGGAAGUGGCACACAAGCUAUCGGAUGUGGCGAUGGAAGCUAUACCCGAAGAGGUACCACAAGAAGAGGAGAAGCAAGGACAGUUGACAGAACCGGAUCCGGAGGGUAGUCCCGAAAGACAGCGGCAGGCAGUAGAGCAGCACAACGAGCCGGACACUGUCCGUGAAUCAAAGCGCGAGGAAAGGGGAGAGGAAGCUCCAUGUGUUGAGGAAAAGGCAUCGGCAGCCGAAGAAAAGGUAAGUCAUACAAAUGGAGAUGAAGAUGAUGAUGGCGAAGGUGACGACGGCAAGCAGGCAGAUUCUCGGGACGCAGAUGAUGAUAGCAAAGAGAUCGUUAACAAUCGUUCUCGAACAAGGCAAGAAAGCGAUUCCGAAGAAAGUGGCCAAGAUGAUGAAGGUAGUCACCAAGAGCACAGGAGUGCCAAGGAGUCAACACCGGACCACCGGCACAGUGCGAUGGAACAUACUGCCGACGAAUCGGCGAACGCAGAACAUGAUGAUGCAGCAGUUGCUUCGGGCGAAGAGAAGUCGACCGCAGUGUCUCCGGCGGCUGAACAAAAGGAACCGAAGAACCAGGAAGAGGUUGUCAAUGAAGUGGCUACUGGUUGUUUGUCACAACAGGCUAUGACUCAGCCGCAACCGCGCCGCAGAGCUCGGUUCAGCUCACGUCCGAACGAUGAGCCAUCGGUGCCAGUGGUGACCGCUUGCACUGAAGCAACGGUGGAGCCUGUGGCGGUGGCACAGAUCGAAGAUGAACUGGAGGCGGGAGAAAUCAAAGACAACGACAACAGCAUGUCGGAGGCAAAUGUUGACGAUACCAGUGGCACGAAGGAGCAACCGCCUAGACCUAAGCCGUUGCAGCGCAAGCGCCGUUGGUUGUCGUCCAAGAGCGGAGACCCUAAGCCCGCGGUCAUCACUAUCUCAACCGAUUCACUGAAAAGUAUCAUCUCGGAUGUGAAACCGGUCCCGCUUGCUGACGUAAAACUUGAAUCUUCCUCCGAAACUGAGGCCGCAGAUGGUGCAGAAAGUACAGAGGAAGACGAUAAAGAGAAAGAAGUCGGCAAGCGGCCUGCACAGCCACCCGCACGACGACGCGUUUCGCAAUCGGUUGAAAAGGAAAACGUUGCCAUGGAAACGGACAGCACAAGCAUCGAACCGGUACUACCGAAGCAGAAGGCAGCGGCCGGCGAGAAGAUUGGGCUCACUCGCAAGAUCAGCAUUGUGAGUGAUGAAGGUAGCGUGCCAGGGGGAGCGAUGGCGGCCAACCUCAGCGUGCGGCCUCCAAGCCCGGCCAAGCACCAUACCAGCAACAUUCUAUACAUUACGAACCUGGUACGUCCGUUUACCGUACUGCAACUAAAGGGACUGUUGUUGCGCACUGGAAAGAUUGUAGAAAAUGGCUUCUGGAUCGACAAGAUCAAGUCAAAGUGCUACGUGAAGUACGAAACGGAAGAUGAAGCUACUGAAACACGGCACGCAUUGCAUGGCAUCCGGUGGCCGGUUUCCAAUCCAAAGUGUUUGCUAGUGGAUUUCGGCAGCGAGGAAGCAAUGGACAAAGCUAUCCUUUCUACGCUGGAAGAUGGUACCAUUCGUGCGACGGUAGAGGGAGUGAAGAACAGUAAGGAGUUUGGUUGGCUUCGUGAUGCGUCCAAGAAGGAUGAGCAGGAAGUACCGGCACGGCCCGUGCGGGAGUGGGAUCUGGGAAAGAAGGAUGCCUUCGACGCGGAGCGGGAUCGGGAAGGAAGGGGACGCGACCGUGAAUCCGGCACGCUAGCGGACGAGCGACACAGGGAGAAGGCUGCAGAGCGGAACGAACGUGGCCGACUCGACGAGGGGCGCGAACGGGGCAACAGAGCCGACGGUCUCGCUGGCGAUCGUGGCGCGGACCGCAAACGUUCGUUGGAGCGUGAGUUUGGCCGCGAAAGAAGACGCAGCAGCAGCAUGUCGCCAGCGAGAAAGUUCAAGAAAAAGGAGAACGAGCCGCCGAUCAGGCUGUUGGAUGAUUUGUUUCGAAAAACAAAAACAACGCCGUGUAUCUACUGGUUGCCACUUACGACCGAACAGAUUGCCGUUAAGGAAGAGCAACGUCGGAAGAACAUGGCGGAGCACCAGCGCCGCUUGGAAGAGCAGCGCAAGCUGGAAGAAGAGCGUGAACGCGAACGCAAGCGGGAACGGGAACGACGCGAACGGGAGCGCGAACGUGACCGUGAUCGUGAGCGGGACCGCGAACGAGAUCGCGAUCGUGAUCGUGACCGGCGUCGCUCUCGUUCCCGUGAUCGCAGCCGCGACGACGGUGGACGUCGCCGGCACAGAUAAGCACACAUUUAAACACAAUUUUAAAACUUUUCCUUCUGGGCUCCGGGGCGCCGUAGGGAAAUUGCCGUAAGAGUGCAGGCGGAUACGAAUACCCUGCUACACUGGCUGGCGGUGAGUGCGGUGUGUUCUCGCCCCAAAAGGGUCUGCAAGCUGUGGGGUGUGUGAGAAGCGAAUCGUUUGCUCUCGUUUGGCACUCUACACUCUUUUUGACACAGACUGAUCGGAUUCGAUACGUUACAUAAUAGGAGGUAUUGUUACAAUAUUUCCUUUUCCCUUUGAAUGAGUUGAUUCAAAGAACCAACAUUUGACAACUCUGCUAGAUUCUUAUGUACUGUAAAUGGUCAAUUUUGGAUGUAUAAACCAUUAUUUUAAUGCGGUUAGUGUGUACGAGGUUGAGGUUGGUCGCUUAGUGUUGGAACGAUGGAUAUUCUGCUUUUGCGUGAGUUCUUUUUUGAUUUCCUUGACCCACUCGAACAACACAUGCACACUGUCCCCGAUCGUGCCCUAGCCCUCUGUGUUUUGCUUGAACUCACUGUAUGAUAAGAAUAUUCUAGAGAUUACUUAGGAUUUGGGGGCUUCCCUUUUUGUCGAUCGGAAGCUGUCGGAUCAUCACCAUUAUCAGCAUGUCUGCGAUGCAAAUCGCGAAUGAUAGCAAGAGUGUGGACAGCGCAAGAGAAAAGGGAAUAGCCAAUGGAUGGAUUAGUGAGAUAAUGAGAUGCAACGCAGGUCACACGCAUAAGAAGGUGUUGACCACUUCAUUGUAUUAUAGGGCGAUGGUGGUAGCAAAACAGCUUAAACAAAAACCAUCUACAAUGAGGGAGAACUUCGGGGAGAUAUCUUCGAUAAAUGCGGGCUGGCUGUAAAAGUUCACUGCAAAAAUGCAUCGCAAAGUAAAACCAUCAUCAACUUUAACAAUCGGCAGCAGGCGACGUCUACAGUAUCCAGGAUGCACAACAACGGAACCACGGCGCGUCGGACACGUCUUUAACAGCUGUUUGGGAGAGUUACUGGCGGCAAUCACUAUAGAGGGAAGACAUUGCGGAAGAUGAAAUUACAAAAUGUCCAGGAUUAACCCUUUUGGUAACAUACUUGAUCGUCAGUAUGCCAGGUUAGCCCACGUCGAUUUUUUUCGAUCAACCACACAAAAGUGUGUUAUAAUAGGAACGAUGCGAUUGCCGAGUUGCUCAAUGCACCAUGACACACUAUAUUGUCUCCGCGGAGUGCAUCUUGUGUUUGCCGUGUUCUUCAAUGCUACGGACCUAUGGUUGCUAGAUUACCACACACCCCUUUCUUUCGCCGGAAGUAGUACCAGAAAAUCACAGCAAGCCAAGUGCAUGCGGUGUGUGUUCCACGAAGAGUGUUGAUGAUAUUGGAGCAGAUAAGAACUUGAUGAAUAAAUAACAAUUACCUUAUAACACAUGAUGAUACAA